AUGAGUACUAACCACAGAUACUACUACAACUACCACAUCAAUUACCUCUUUACCUGCCACAACACCACCUGCACCAGCACCGACUACGACUACAGCUACAACGCCAUUUACACCGGCAAUAAUGACAACUACAACUCCACCUUCAUUAGUACUGACUACAACUACAACACCACUUACACCGGCAAUAAUGACAACUACAACUCCACCUUCAUUAGUACUGACUACAACUACAACACCACUUACACCGGCAAUAUCGACAACUACAACGCCACUUUCAACACCACAGACUACAACUACAACACCACCGUCACCAGCAUCAACUACAACGCCACCUUCAACACCACCGACUACAACUACGACACCACCUACACCAGCAUCGACUACAACACCACCUUUAACACCACCGACUACAACUACAACGCCACCUUCACCAGCAUCAACUACAACACUACCUUCAACACCACCGACUACAACUACAACACCACCUUCACCAGCAUCAACUACAACGCCACCUUCAACACCACCGACUACAACUACAACACCACCUACACCAGCAUCGACUACAACACCACCUUCAACACCACCGACUACAACUACAACACCACCUACACCAGCAUCGACUACAACACCACCUUCAACACCACCGACUACAACUACGACACCACCUUCACCAGCAUCAACUACAACACCACCUUCAACACCACCGACUACAACUACAACACCACCUUCAACACCACCGACUACAACUACAACACCACCUUCACCAGCAUCAACUACAACGCCACCUUCAACACCACCGACUACAACUACAACACCACCUACACCAGCAUCGACUACAACUACAACGCCACUUACACGGGUAAUAACGACAGCUACAACGCCACCUUCACCAGCAUCGACUACAGCUACAACACCACUUACACCGGCAUCAGCAACAAUUGAAACUGACACAACUACAGUCCAUUCACCAACAUUGACCAGUUACCCCAGUAAUGCGACCUCCAUCCCUGUAACCACACGGCCUGGAGUGUCCAAUGCAACAAAAACUACUACAACGACAACUCGGACUCCCAUUU